AUGCGGUCUCAGGAAGGGGUUGGAGGCCCGGGGACAGCCGUUGCUGCUCGGGGCCCGAGCGGGAGGGAAAAGCUGUCGGCCCUAGGGGGUCAGUUCCGCCAUGAGUCGCCGCGGCAAGAGCCUGAGACCCCAGGUGCCCUGGCGAGUGCGCGCAGCCCCUCGCGCCGGGCGGGACCUGUUCCGUGCCCUCUCCCGGCCGUGCCCUUCGGAGACAGAGUCCCCGGCUCAGACCGCCGCAGGGCCGCCUCACUGCGUCUUCAUCCUCAUCUCUACUCAAGAGCAUACAUUAAUUUUAGAAACCCUGAUGACAUCCUUCUUUUUAGAGAUCGUUUCGAUGGAUAUGUCUUCAUUGACAGUAAAGGCCUAGAAUACCCUGCGGUGGUGGAGUUCGCUCCGUUCCAGAAGAUAGCCAGGAAGAAGCUGAAGAGAAGAGAUGCCAAGACCGGAAGCAUCGAAGAUGAUCCAGAGUAUAAGAAGUUCUUAGAAACUUACUGUGUGGAGGAGGAGAAGGCCGCUGCCAACCCUGAAACGCUGCUGGGAGAGAUAGAGGCAAAGACGCGGGAACUCGUUGCUAGAAGAACCACACCUCUUUUGGAAUAUAUUAAAAAUAGAAAAUUAGAAAAGCAGAGAAUUCGAGAAGAGAAGCGAGAAGAGCGGAGGAGGAGGGAGUUAGAGAAGAAACGCUUGCGGGAAGAAGAAAAAAGGAAAAGAAGAGAAGAAGAAAGAUGUAAAAGGAAAGAGGCAGAUAAGCAGAGGAAGACUACUGAGAAAGAAAUAAGGAUUAAGCUUCUUAAGAAACCGGAAAAGGGAGAGGAGCCAACCACAGAGAAGCCAAAAGAAAGAGGAGAGGAGGUUGAUUUUGGAGAAGGAAGAUGGGAAACCUGUGUGGUCGUGAGAGCCAGACCCCUGGAGAGCCGGCUGGAGAAGCUCAGGGCGAAGUCGCAAAAUGACAGUGACAGAGAGCACAGGGACAUGGAGAGAAGAUCUCGAGAAAAAGAACCUGAAGCACAGCGAUGCCACGCGGAUGACAGAAAGCACAGGGCUCACUGCGAGCCGGGCGGGCUUCCCAGGAGGACUGACGCUGAGCCGAGAUGGGGGAGAGGGUCUGCCCCGGACGGAGGGAAGAAGGGCGGCCAGGACAGCGGCGCCCCCGGGGAGGCCACGGCAAGGACGGGAAGAGGGCAGAGGUGUGAGGACAGCCUGGCACCCCGCAAGGAGCAUCCGGGAAAUAAGGACGGGCCAGCCCUGGGCCCCCGACCCCCCGAGGAGGGACGUGGUGGGAAGACGGAGGUGGAAGACACGACAGGGGCUGGUCCUGCGCGGGGGGAAGAGGCAGAGUGAGCUGUGUGCGCCUCCUGGUGACGCGGGUGAGUGAUGAGAAAGGCGUCCCGGAAGUGUGUAAAUUACCCUGGAGGGUAACCUGAAAGGUGAAUUCACUCCCUAGAAGGAAGGUAGGAGCCAGAAAUAUAGAGGGUGACAUAGAAACUUCUAGAAACCAUUCCUAAGAGAGAAGUGGUCUUUUUUAAAUUGAGCAGAAUUUUCACAGAUUUUGCCAUUUCUCGUAUAAACUAGUAUUUAUGAUUUAGCUAAAAUAGAAAAUGAUUUCCAUUGGAGAGUAGGAAAAUAUGGAAAUAAAACACGGAAGAAAAUGAACACCGCAUUAGUGUGAAUUCUGAAGCACUUCAGUGUGUUGUGAGAACAGCGUCCGCUUGGGCUUCACCAUGUUUGAGCAAAUGGUCUGUCAGAAUCUGCGUUUCAUCGGGCAGGUCUGGUUCUGUGGUAACCGCUGUGGUCCGGCCACUUCUGCAAAGCCGACUGCUCCACCCCUCCGACGGCCUCAGCACCAUCAGCCCCACAGCUGAGUUUCUGCCCUCGGCAGCCUGGCGGACGGGGCGGAGACGGCUUCUCCUCUCUUGGUGGACGUGCCCCUCAUUCGUGACCUUUGUGGUUUAAGGGUUUGCCGAGAUAACAGCAGUUGCCUUUAUUUGGGAAAGAAGUAACUGAGGUACAGCAUCUAGAGCCUGUCUUUUUGAGCUUUAGGCACUUUAUUUUUAAAUAAUUGAGAGUGGCGUUCUGAAACUGCACAUUAUGUAGUAUGGGGUAUUAUGCAUAUUCUCUGCAGUGAGAUUUUUAAAUGUUACUGUAUUUUUGGCACUGCGCUUUCAGCUGUUCAUUAAAUAAAAAUUUUGUUGCUGUGAAUUUUAAGUCCUAAAGUUAUGGCACUUUUCCUAUAUAGGACUUUACGUAAUAAAA